UACAGAACACAAUGAAUAACAUAAUUCAACAAAUUAUGGUACAUGCUAAUAAUACCAACAGGUCUACAGAUGAACUACUUCAAUUACUGAACACUAGUCUUAUUAAAGAUAUCAGUAUACCAACUGCUGCUGCUGUUAAUGAUGUACUACUAAUAGUCAAUGAAUUACUAGAGAUACAGAAUGGAUCCUCUACUCAAACUAUUUCAUGCAAAGUUAUUAAAGCAGCUCAUCCCAACAGUCCUUCUGGUUACUAUCAUGUUAAUGGUCACAAUACAUACUGCAAUAUGGGAGAGCUGUGUGGACAAGAUGGAGGAUGGACAAGAAUAGCUUAUCUUGAUAUGACUAUGAACUGUCCUUCUGGACUUGAGGAAUUGAUGACUGGAGGCAUUAGAGUUUGUAGGAGAGAGGGUAAUUCUGCUGGUUGUAGGUCUAACAUAUUCCAAACAAAUGGUAUCAGUUAUAGUCAAAUAUGUGGUAAAGUGGUUGGAUAUCAAAAGGGAAGAACUGAUGGAGUCAACACUAACAAUAUUAAUAAACCUUAUAUUGAUGGAGUCAGUAUCACACGUGGGUCACCUCGUAAACAUGUCUGGUCUUAUAUAGCUGGAAUAAGGUCUGAUGUCAAUACAGGUCCUACCUGUCCUUGUAAUACUGGAGCAACUAAUACAGUUCCAUCAUUUGUAGGAAAGAACUACUAUUGUGAGUCAGGUAGAAAUGGUAGUCAUCCUAGUACUAACUCCAUUUACACUGCUGAUCCAUUGUGGGAUGGGAAUAACUGUCCUUCAAAAGAAGCUCCUUGUUGUACUGGUACUGGUCUUCCAUGGUUCUUCAGAGAUUAUGGUAAUGCUACAAUUACUGAUUACAUUGAACUGAGGGUGUGUGGGAAUGCAGGAUAUGCAGAUGAAGAUACCCCAGUUCAAUUGUAUGAGAUUUAUGUCAAGUAAAGGAACAAUUAAUAAUUAUAAGUAGUGCAUUGUCUUUGUUAGUAGAACAUUAAUUGUCAUUAGUACUGUAC